AUGGUUCAGUCUUAUGUGGUGUAUCUCGGGAGAAAUUCACACACUUCUAAACCUUCAACCUUGGGGAAUGAUGGAAUGACCGAGUCCUACUAUGAUCUACUGGGUUCAUGUUUGAAAAGCAAGGAGAAAGCUAAAGAAGCAAUAUUUUAUUCGUACACAAGUCAUAUCAAUGGCUUUGCUGCAACCCUUGAAGAUGAUGAAGUGGAUCAAUUAUCGAACCGUCCGGAAGUUGUAUCAGUUUUUCCAAAUGAAGUAAAUCAGUUGCAUACAAGUCGGUCAUGGGAGUUUCUUGGACUAGAGAGAAAUGGACAAAUCCCUGCUGAUUCAAUCUGGUUAAAGGCAAGAUUUGGUGAAGACGUCAUUAUUGGAAAUCUUGACACUGGUGUCUGGCCAGAAUCAGAGAGCUUCGACGAUGAAGGAAUGGGACCAAUUCCAACAAGGUGGAAAGGAUACUGUGAAACAAAUGAUGGGGUUAAAUGCAACAGGAAGUUGAUCGGAGCAAGGUACUUCAACAAGGGUUAUGAAGCAGCUCUAGGCCGUGCACUUGAUUCGUCCAAUAACACCGCAAGAGAUACUGAUGGUCAUGGUACCCACACUCUAUCUACAGCUGGUGGUCGCUUUGUUUCAGGUGCCAAUUUCCUAGGAUCAGCCUACGGGACAGCAAAAGGAGGAUCACCUAAUGCACGAGUUGCUUCAUACAAGGUGUGCUGGCCGAGAUGCUAUGAUGCUGAUAUAUUGGCUGCCUUCGACGCUGCUAUUCAAGAUGGGGUUGACAUUUUGUCCCUUUCACUUGGAAGGGCACUUGAGAUCCCUUACUUCAGAAGUGGUAUUGCAAUUGGAUCUUUUCAGGCUGUUAUGAACGGAAUUCUUGUAGUUUGCUCGGCUGGGAACUCCGGACAAGGCUUUGGCUUCGGAACAGCUUCAAAUGUAGCCCCGUGGGUUCUCACCGUUGCGGCUAGCACAAUUGAUCGGGAGUUUCCAUCCAAUGUUGUCCUUGGAAAUAACAAGGAAUUCAAGGGCACGAGCUUUAACACCAAUAACCUGUCAGCUAGGAAGUAUUAUCCUAUAGUUAAUUCCGUGGAUGCUAAAGCUGCAAAUGCCUCUGCUCAACUUGUGGCAUAUUUUACAGGUUAA